AUGAGACAGAGGCCAGCUUCAGUGCUUGCUGCUGUGCUGCAGCAACAGCAACUGCAGCAGCAGCAACUCCAGCAACAGCAACUGCAGCAGCAGCAACUCCAGCAACAGCAACUGCAGCAGCAGCAACUCCAGCAACAGCAACUGGACCAGCACAUCCGCUUAAUGCGGCUCUUGUGCGAAGCAGCUGAGCGCCGUAAAACGGCGCAGCUGCGCGAAAACGGACCUGCAGCAGCAGCAGCCAGGGCUGCUGCUGCUGCUGCCCCCCCAUAG